UCCCAUGUGUUACACAAAUCGUUUGUGCAUAUAGCCGAUUUUCACAGACAACGGGACUUGCGUUUAUUUUCACAGAAGCCGGACUAAACUAGAAAUAAAAAGAAAAAAAGAGACGAGAGACCGACUGUGGUCGGCAAAGUCGGCACGAGGAGCAAAACACAGACAACUUUGGGCUGAUUGCCGAGUUUUUCUUAUCCAUGCACGGCUGAGGACUUUUUGCAACUAUGUCUGAGAGUGAAAAGGGCGUGAAGCGGCCGAAAGGACAGAAAGGCACUGCUUGCAAGAAAAAGGCCAUGAAAUUCGAGCCCUUCACUUUAAACCAAGUUUUCAGUAACUGCACCGAGAAACUCGCUCAGAACUGGGAGAGCAACGAGGACUGUGCCGUAGCAAAAGACAAUGAUUGUGAGGCAAACCCACAAAUCCGUCUCUUCAACUCGCCGUUCAAGCACUGUGUUGUGGACAACUUUGUCGACGGUGAGAACUUCCUCUCUGACCUCAAGUACGAGCUGUCCGACCUGAACUACACCCUGAAGAACAAUGACCUCUUCCAGUUUCACCAGUCAGAUGCUUUCGACCUUGUUGAACUGCCCCACGUAGCUGCGUUCAAACAAGUUCUUUAUGAAGACGUCCGACAGUGGUUGGUUGAGGUGACCAAACUGCCCCUGACCAACAGAUGUGACACCUUUUGCUCAAGAUACGAACAUACAGACUAUCUCCUGUGCCAUGAUGACCGUUGUUCGACCAGAAAGAUUGCAUUUAUUUAUUACUUGAACAAAAAUUGGAAAGAAGGAGAUGGAGGAACUCUGGAUCUUUUUGACUCUGAUGAAAAUAGCCAGCCGAGAGAUCUGGUCAAGUCAAUUCAGCCAAACUGGAAUAGGUUCCUGUUUUUCGAGGUGUCUGAAAAGUCACACCAUCAGGUAUCAGAGCUUGUGAAUCAGGACAAAAUCAGGGUGGCCAUCAGUGGGUGGUAUCAUGUGGCGUCUGCGCCUGAGUGCGACAAAACAAUACCAAUUUGUCCUGUUGAAAAUGGACUGACGGCUCUGCAAUCCCUGGUUCCUUUGGACAAAUUCAUAAACCCUGUUUAUUUGCAAGAAGACUAUGUGGCCUCGAUUCAGCAACACUUUGAGCAAACUUCGGAGGCGCAACUGCACAAUUUUGUCAUUCCUGAGUGCUACCAGGACUUGAGUGAAGCCUUUCUUGACUCGAACGUGCAAUGGGAAAUCACAGGACCACCAAAUAUUAGGCAUUACCAGAGGGCAGAAAAGACUAGUUUGCCGGCGCGCCUUCAAGAGUUCCUAGAGUUGAUGCACAGUCAGUCCAUGUUCAAGUUGCUGGCCAGCAUGACUGGUCUAGACUUGCUGGAGGAGCGCGACCCUGACGUGGAAGAGCAGCCGUCUUGUCACAGUGAGGUGCAGCAGUGGUCCCAGGGCUGCUACACGCUGCUCGUCUCCCCACUGCACGCAAACAACCUGGAGGUGCUGGACGUCUACGUACACUUCAACAGUGAGGUCUUCCCUGAGGACGUCGGCGGCACCAUCAGCUACAUUGCCAACACACGACGGGGCGCCCAUGAGGUUCUAAAUUUGCGCCCGGCAGCCAACUCAAUGAGCAUGGUCUAUGCUGGCAGAAGUGUGGACAGGACAGUCAAAUACCUGAACAGCCGGUACGAGUACGGCUUCCACACAAUCCAACUUCGAUACUAUGUGCUGCGGAGGUCAACUCAAAUGCCAACGUCACCCUCCUCAGACAGCGGCUCUUGCUCCGAAAGCUCCAUGCCAUGACUUGAAAUAAAUCCCAUAUUUUUGUGCUAAAAGUAAU